GCUAUGCGGAACUUCACGUGCAAGGUUUAUUGUCCUUUAUCGGCCUCCGUAGUGAGGCCACGCUAACUCGACUUGUAGCCGCUGAUGUGUUGUUUUUAGCUGUUAGCUAAACAAAGAAGUUGCUGUUUAGAAAUCGGAAAUGGCUGCGUCUUUUGAGACUAAAGAAGAGGAUCUGUCAGAAACACUAGAAGAAUCUACGAACCUUCGCUGCAAAAAAUGUCGCAGAUGUCUCAUAGAUUCAAGCAGCCUCCUUAAGAUAGUAACAUCUGGGGAGAAUGCGGCCACAUGCAAUGUGUGGCAUUUGAAUGUUGAAUCUUUGCCAGACUGGAUUUUGGCAAGUGUUAAUCAGGUCCAUUGGACAGUGGGGAAAUUAAACUGCCAGUACUGUGGAGCUCGAUUAGGGGGCUUCAAUUUUACGAAUUGCUCCAAAUGCACCUGCGGACUUGAUACAACUGUGCAUCUCAACAAAAGUCGUGUUGAUCAGGACUUAAAACCUCAACUUCUCUUGACUAGACCAGGCAGGUUUGGGAGGCAAACUGAGAGAAUGGAGCAUAGGGUAGCGUCCCUCCCACAAACAAACAACUUGAUGACAGAACUACAAAAUAGAGAAAUACAAUAUUUGCCUUCUUCUUCCUCAACCUUCAGCUAUUCCUGUACUGUGUUUCCUGCAGUCACAGCCGAUGAUGUAGAUCGAAAUGAACUUGAGUUUGCAUCCACCGAAGAACCACACAUUCUUGGGAGUUUUGAAGUGGGCACAGAUGUCACUUUACCUUCUGAAUUGCUACACCCACCACAGCUAUCUGAUUAUCAGGAAAACUUAGAGGAACGUCAUGUGGAUUCUGCUUCCCAGAUGAGAGCCUCUCUGGACCUAGCAGUGGAUACCGAGGGUGUCAGACCCAGAGUAAUAGAGGUGCCAUUAAGAAACAUCUUUCCCAACCUGCAACCAAAGCUCUCCAAGAAAGAGAGAAAUCGCCUGAAAAGCUUGAGAAGGAAGCAGAGAAAGAAGGAACGUUGGAUUCAAAGCCAACAGGAGGCAAAAGAACUGGCUAUGAAGUGGGACCUCACGAGCAGUGAUGAGGAGGAGAGGGAGGGAUACACUUGUGCUGUGUGUUUGGAUGUGUAUUACAGCCCCUACAAGUGCCAUCCUUGCAGUCAUGUGUUCUGUGAGCCGUGUUUGAGAACGUUGGCUAAAAACCGGCCAAGCAACACGCCCUGCCCCCUUUGUAGAACCCUUAUAUCCCAUGUGCUGUUUCAGGAAGAGCUCAGUCAAACUACAAAGACUUGCUUCCCAAAGGUGUAUUGGUCAAGACAUGAGAUCUUUCAAAAGACCAACUAUUCAAAAUGGCCCCUGCCCAACUGCCCAAAGCGUUUCCGCAUUUUUUGGGGCUUUCAGAGACAUGGGGGUCCUGCUAGCCGCUGGCAGUUCCCACACAGAGCGUUUGGACUGGAUGUUUUGGACUUGGGGGAUAUGUGGGGCUGGCCAUUUGACAUUGACUUUGUGAUCAUCUCCAUUUACUCUCUGCACUGGGUGCUUGCAUUGAUGAUCUUCUGUGGACUCUGUUACUUCUUUCUUCUCUGAUGUGCGAAGGGGUCGGUUCCACUUUUCUGUUGCUGGACGAUGAACUUUGAUAGGAGACAUCUCAUCAAGUGCCUCAUUCUUUUAUUACAAUGUAGCUUUAAAUAUGAAAUAUGAUUUGUGUGUUUGUUUGUGGUUUAGGUCUUACAGGGUUUGUGCAAUUUCAUGUAACUUCACCAGCCUACACUUCACAUGUAAACAGUAUUUUAAAUGAUUUAGAAAUUUAUAAAAAGCAAUAAUGCUUUAUCUGCUACCUGCUUUUAAUAAGUUGCCAGCUAUAACAUUUGAGACUGUUAGAUGCUUUUUUAUUGUGUAACUUUUUGAAUGGAUGUUAUCUGCCUUCUGCUACAGAUGUGUGUAUUAAUAGUUUCAAUGGCUUCUAUUACACAGUUAAGUGUUUGAGCUUUUUUGCUGAUGCUUUUUUCAGGUUGCUUAAGCCGAUGAUGUGAACAAACGUCAUGAUCGUGUCCCAUACACUGUUUAUAAUAAAGGUUCCUUAAAGGUU